AUGUACCUCACCAAGGGUCUGCGUUAUGCUUCGGGGUCCGCCCUGGACCGCAAGGUUCGCCAAAACAACUGGGAGGAGAACAACUUCAUCAAUUACAAGAAGAUGUCCGAGAACCUGUCGAUUGUGCGCAGCCGUCUCAACACCCCCUUGACCUACGCUGAGAAGAUCCUGUACUCUCACUUGGACGACCCCCACGGUCAAGACAUUCAGCGCGGCAAGUCCUACCUCAAGCUGCGCCCUGACCGUGUUGCUUGCCAGGAUGCCACUGCUCAGAUGGCCAUCCUGCAGUUCAUGAGUGCUGGUAUGGAUAGUGUGGCCAACCCCACCACUGUCCACUGUGAUCACUUGAUCGAGGCUCAGGUUGGCGGCGUGAAGGAUCUCGACCGUGCCAUCGACAUCAACAAGGAGGUCUACGACUUCUUGUCUACUGCUUGCGCCAAGUACAACAUUGGUUUCUGGCGCCCCGGCUCCGGCAUUAUCCACCAGAUCAUCCUCGAGAACUACGCCUUCCCCGGUGGUCUCCUCAUCGGCACUGACUCGCACACUCCCAAUGCCGGAGGUCUGGGUCUGGCAGCUAUCGGUGUCGGUGGUGCUGAUGCUGUCGAUGUCAUGGCUGGACUUCCUUGGGAGCUGAAGGCCCCCAAGGUCAUUGGUGUCAAGCUCACUGGCAGCCUUUCCGGCUGGUCCACCCCCAAGGACAUCAUCCUGAAGGUCGCCGAUAUUCUCACUGUCAAGGGCGGAACUGGUGCCAUCGUCGAGUACCACGGUCCUGGUGUUGACACUUUCUCCACCACUGGCAUGGCCACUAUUUGCAACAUUGCCGAAAUUGGUGCCACUACCUCGCUGUUCCCCUACAACGAGCGCAUGUACGACUACCUGGCCGCCACCAAGCGCAAGGAUAUUGGUGACUUUGCCCGCUCCUACGCUGCUGAACUCCGCGCCGACGAGGGUGCCGAGUACGACCAGCUGAUCGAGAUCAACCUGAGCGAGCUCGAGCCCCACAUCAACGGUCCCUUCACCCCCGAUCUGGCCACUCCCAUCUCCAAGUUCAGCCAGGCCGUCAAGGACAACAACUGGCCCGCCGAGCUCAAGGUCGGUCUGAUCGGAUCUUGCACCAACUCCUCGUACGAGGACAUGUCGCGUGGUGCCUCCAUAGCCCGGGAUGCCAUUAACCACGGCCUCAAGGCCAAGUCCGCCUUCACGGUCACCCCCGGUUCCGAGCAGAUCCGCGCCACCAUUGAGCGUGACGGUCAGCUGCAGACCUUUGAGGAGUUCGGUGGCAUGGUUCUGGCCAAUGCCUGCGGUCCCUGCAUCGGCCAGUGGGAUCGCCAGGACGUCAAGAAGGGCGAGGCAAACUCCAUCAUCUCUUCCUACAACCGUAACUUCACCGGCCGUAACGAUGGUAACCCCGCCACCCACUCCUUUGUCGCCUCUCCUGAUCUGGUUGUCGCCAUGACCAUCGCCGGAACCCUGCACUUCAACCCCUUGACCGACAAGCUCAAGGACAAGGACGGCAACGAGUUCCUUCUCCAGCCGCCCACUGGUGAGGGUCUCCCUGAGCGCGGCUACGACCCCGGUGUCGACACUUACCAGGCACCCCCCAAGGACCGUGCCAGCGUUAACGUCGCUGUCUCGCCCACCUCGGACCGUCUCCAGGUUCUCUCGCCCUUCAACGCAUGGGAUGGCAAGGACGCCAAGGACCUGCCCAUUCUCAUCAAGGCCCAGGGCAAGACCACCACCGACCACAUCUCCAUGGCUGGCCCCUGGCUCAAGUACCGUGGUCACCUUGACAACAUUUCCAACAACAUGUUGAUCGGUGCCAUCAACGAGGCCAAUGGCGAGGCCAACAAGGUCCAGAACGCUACCACUGGCGAGUGGGGUGCCGUCCCUGCUGUUGCCCGUGACUACAAGAAGAAGGGCAUCCAGUGGGUCGUUAUCGGUGACUGGAACUACGGUGAGGGCAGCUCUCGCGAGCACGCCGCUCUCGAGCCUCGUCACCUCGGUGGCCUUGCCAUCAUCACCCGCAGCUUUGCCCGUAUUCACGAGACCAACCUGAAGAAACAGGGCAUGCUGCCCCUGACCUUCGCCGAGCCCGCCGAUUACGACAAGAUCAAGCCAGAGGACAAGGCAUGUUGCUUUCGUACCAUCACUGCAGCGCAAAUUUGCUAA